CUUAUCUCACGUGGGCUGUUGCGCGCGAUGCAUGAUAUUUUAGUAACAGACAAAGAUGGCGAAGAGAGUAGCGGAUCGCGAGUUAAACAGAGAUAACUGGGAUGAAGAAGAUGAAAAUGCAGAGGAGGCUGGCACAUUUAAUACAGCAAGUGCUGAAGACAUGAGUAAGCGCAAAAUUAUCAAAGCAAGGAGACGUAUAACUGGUGAUAAGAAGCAAGAUUCAACCAAAGAAUCAAGAAGUAUCUUCCAAGGUUUCACUGGUUUUAAGGGUUUUAGCAGUACCAGUUCAGCGGAUGUCUUUGGGGGUUCCAAGACUCUUCCUGGCAUCUCAAGCAACUUAAACCCUAAGCCUACAGGUUUCUCUGGGUUUGGAUGCAAUUCAACUGCAGGAUUUUCUGGUUUCUCGGGACUCUCAGCCACAAAUAUCCCAACUACUUCUCCUCCACAAAUUGCACAAGUAUCAACUCCCACAUUCAAUGGUCACUCUAACACAAAGACACCCCAGAAAGAAAGCAAUGAGAAGGAACAUAGUGAUGCUUAUCUUGAGAGUAUAAAAGCCUUGAACCAAGGAGUGAGUGACUGGGUACAGAAGCAUGUUACUUCUAACCCAUAUAUAGAUCUUACACCGGUAUUUGAUGAUUAUCGCAAGCACAUGAAAGAGAUAGAGAGGAAUGAACCUCGGGAGAAUGAAUCUCCCGGGGUGGCCCCCCUUGCCAUGGCAGUCACACCUGUCACCAAACCUGCAGAAGUCAUUACAUCAACCGAGACUAAAGCAACUGCUGAUGUGACUUCUGGUUUGUUUGGUGCUGGAACAUCACUUUCCAAUGCUGAGACAAAAACUACCGUUCCAUUGUUUGGUACUGGGGAAACAAAAGUUGUCAAAAAUGAAGAAAAGCCUUUUGCUGGUCUUGCAACACUGAGUGCCCCACAGGACUCUGUGGCAAGUAGUAGCAAACAAACAGACAGCAAGGACGACGAGGAAGAAACUCCAAAACCUGUCAGUGUUGUGACAGCAGAGAAGGGAUCUCACUUUUCCAUCAAAUGCAAACUGUUCUUCAAACGAGACACUUCUUGGUCUGAAUUGGGCAUUGGAAUGCUGAACUUCAAGACUGUUUCAGAGAAAACUCAGCUCCUCAUCCGUGCAGACACAGCAACAGGAAACAUCCUACUAAAUAUUUUCCUUGCUCCUGGGAUGCCCAUCUCACGCAGCGGCAAAAAUAAUGUGAUGCUGGUUACUGUGCCAAACCCACCCCUCUACUCCAAGCCUAGUGAGGGAGAUAAUAGCAAGCCAGCAACUUAUUUGAUCAGAGUAAAGACUGCAGAAAACGCUGAUGAACUUUAUGAGAAAAUGAAAAGUCACCAAACUAGUUAAUAUUUUGCUUGUAUGAGAAUGAAGAAAACAUUCAGUUGUUUUUAUUUUCUAUUUUUAUUAUUUUUUGUAUAGUGUUAAGUGUCAAUAAAGUAUCUUGGAUAUAA